AUGGCUUCAGAGGCGAGAGUCGUCGACUCGACACCAUGCUCUCCUACUAUCGAGCAUUGUCUGGCGGAUCUCCAUCUCUAUCGUAUGGGUGGAGGCGUCAACGCUCUGGUAACCGAGUCCAUCGAUCCGCUUGACGCUCGGCCCCAUUCCCCAAUCAUCUCCAGGUCUAGCAUUUCUAUGCCGAUAGACUACCAACCAGUCAAUACGAAUUCAGGUAUUCGUCGAGCGACAGCUCCGACCAAGAUCGACUUUUCAGGUGUCUCCCAGGGAUUCACGCCGGAAUCUCCACCCUUAUCCAGUCCCAUGAUUAGAGAAUCUCGAGUGUCCAUUCCUCACUUUCCAUUCGCCCCAUCGCCUGGUGUGUUUCCCGCUCGAGCAAGCUUCUCGCGGAGCAGCAGCUCUAGCUCUAGCACGUUGGUCGGAUCACCAGAGAGGAAACAUGGCGUUCUGUUAGGGACCAGUCCUUCCCGACCACCCAUCACUAUCGAGUUGGACCCAUGUAGUCCUCUAUCCUUUCCCUUUCCUCGACGACCAAGUCUCAGUGGCACCCCUUUCGAUUAUUCCCAUGGACCCCUGUUCCCUACCAGACCAAUGAUGGGACGUCGCAAGUCGUCCUACCGCUCAGUCAUGACUGAUCUGGCGAGUCUCGAGUUUGAAGACGAAGGAAAAGAAGGCCAGACAUUUAGCCCCAAGGAGCUGGCGGAUCGGCUUCAGUCGCACGUCGUCGCCAAGGCCGGCGAGCGGGACCAGAGGAUCCGUAUCGUGGGUAUCUUGGCCAGUGACGAUUCGGGCUGCAAGACGUACGCCUCGGCGUUGUCCAAAUCGUCGUGCAAAUUGGGUUUCGACUUUGAGAUCAGGAAUGUCGACGUGAGCUCGGAGGCUGAAGCAAAUCGCUUGGUAAAGGUGAAAGAGGCGAUCGAAGAGGUCAACGGGGACAAGUCGGUGAACGGAUUGUUCUUGUUCCUGCCCUUGUUCACCGCGGAAGAGGACAAGCAGCUCAGAGAUGCCAUCGCACCCCGCCUCGAUAUCGAGGGCAUCAGUUCUGCCUCGCUCGCCGUCAGCGGCACGCGCCCGUGUACGCUGGCACUGGAUGGGUCGGACGUGACCUACCCCUGUACACCUCUUGCCGUGGCGCAUAUCCUCAAGGCGCUCGGAGCAUUUGAGUCUGCACCAGUCGGUUCCCGGUUGCAAGGCAAAGUAGUCACUGUGAUCAACAGAUCCGAGACUGUCGGCAAGCCGCUUGCGUGUCUCUUGGCCAAUGAGGGAGCACAAGUCUACUCCAUCGACAUCAAUGGCACCCACAUGCUCGUGCCCAAAAUCAAAUUGCCCGCAUUGACUCCGGCGAACAGCACCGAGCCGAUAGUCGAUGCUCAAAAGGGGGAUCCGCAGAUCGACGUAUCUCCCUUCUUCACCACUCACUCGGCCCCUUCCCUGCCCAUGGAUACAUGCCUCCUCUUAUCGGACAUUGUUAUCUCGGCCGUACCCUCGUCUACCUUUAAAAUCCCCACGACUAGUCUUCAAUUCGGUAGCACCUGUAUCAAUCUUUCAGAACACAACAACUUUUCAGACAAUGUAAAGACACGGGCAAAAUGGUUUGUCCCUCGUGUAGGCAGUAUCACUCGAUUGAUGGUUCUUUGUAAUGCCCUAGAGUCGGCAGCUUGA